AUGAUUGUAGAAUGUCUGUCUUCAGCUUUCAGCCUUUCUGGUAUGGUCUAUGUUCAGAACAGUGACCACAACCAGGUCUUUGGCUGCUGCCUGGAAGCUCUGUGCUAUCGGGAAGGGGGCACAGUGCCACGUUUUGUCCAACAGUGUGUGGAGGCUGUGGAACAGAGAGGUCUGGAUGCGGAUGGUAUCUACAGAGUCAACGGCAACUUAGCUGUUAUUCAGAAGCUGAGGUUCAUAGUUGAUCGUGAGCGGGCAGUGACAUCAGAUGGCCGCUACGUUUUCCCAGAGCAGCGUAGCCAAGAGGACAAGUUGCGUCUGAGUGACCCUCAGUGGGACGACGUGCAUGUGAUAACCGGGGCACUAAAGCUUUUCUUCCGGGAGCUGCCUGAACCUGUGGUACCUUUCAGCCUCUUCAAUGAAUUCAUAGCUGCCGUCAAGUUGUCUGACUCCAAGGAAAAAGCAUCCAAGCUGGCGGAGCUGGUCCAGACUCUCCCCCGACCCAACCGGAACACCCUCCAUUAUUUGCUGGAGCAUCUCCGCAAAGUGAUGGAGCACUCCGAUGCCAACCGGAUGACCACGCAGAACAUCGGCAUCGUCUUUGGACCAACGCUGCUGCGACACGAAGGGGACGUGGCCAGCCUCGUGGAGGACAUGGUGUACCAGAACCAAGUGGUUGAGGUGCUCCUGACUGAAUUCCCUUGCAUCUUUGCGGACUCGGGCACUGAAUGACCUUCCAGUCUUUGCGGCCUCCCUGAUGUUUGUAUCCUAAAGGUACUCUGGAUCACAGAGACUGAAGUCUUGGAGCAAGUGUUGACUCUACCAAGCACUUUGCCAUCCCCACCAGCCCAGCUCGGCAUCUGUGAUUCGGGCUAUGGGACAGAAUGUGGCUUUGCGCUACUGCCGUGUGAUCCUUCAGGAUCUUUAGGCUGAGUCCCUUAGAAGCUGAGUUCCCCUGGAAAAGAGGGCUCUCAAACUUCAUCUGCCCCCUCUGACUCGAGCACUAUUGAUUUCAGCUUCUCCACGUGCAGCUAAAGAAGGAGGCACGAAGGGAUGGGCUGAGUCCUGUACAGUCCCUGAGGUGCGGAUGCUGUUGCUAAGCAACACUGUGGAAACACAGAGAGGCCUAUCAAUGGAACUCUAUUUCCCCAAUACCCUCCACCAACCUUGCCAGGAAGGUCCCCAACAUUUCUAGCUCUCAAGAAAUUUUGCCCACCCAUACUUGAAGCCUGUUUUUGAUGGCUCACAAACAUCUUUGGAAGAAAAAGAGAGCCCAUUUACUCUUAGUUGACAGACACUUUCCUUGAGACAGUUUUUACUCGCUAGCAGUGACCUAUUACAUAAGCCUGCUAU